UCACACUGUUGUAGUUAUACGUCUUCGCCCGAUUAGGAAGAAGACACAAACACGGAUUCUUUGAGAAAAUUUACCGAAUAAGAAUUUGUGCCUCAAAUGGACACCUCGUCUCCGGAUUUAAAGGUAUUGACAGCUCCACAGAUGUACAACAUGGAUUUAUUGAAUGGUGGACAUUUAGGCAACCAGCCAGCAUUUCCUGGCCAAGCUUAUAGUGCGGGAAACAAAAUCACGUUGGAGCAAGUGGAUCCGUCGACAUUUGAAGAAGAUUCUGACGACGAUGAAUUUGGCACGGGAAAAGGCCUGCGGCCGGGAAAAAAGACGAAAGGACGUGUCAAAAUUAAAAUGGAAUUUAUUGAAAACAAACUUCGAAGAUACACAACAUUCAGUAAACGAAAAACCGGGAUAAUGAAAAAGGCCUAUGAACUGUCAACACUUACGGGCACACAAGUCAUGCUUCUGGUAGCCAGUGAGACAGGUCAUGUAUACACUUUUGCCACACGUAAACUUCAGCCCAUGAUUACAAGCGAGAGUGGCAAGGCACUCAUUCAGACAUGCCUCAACUCCCCUGACCCACCACCGAUUGCACCAGGGCAGCAACAGGCAGUAGAGCAGAGGAUGAACCCUGGGGGCUUUGAGGAGACAGAACUAACAUACGCGGUAGAAGAAGAAAAUGGAAAGCCUAUGGUGAUGGACAGUACUGGAGGCCUGAAACCUGUGUACACAAUGAACAGCAGUCCGACAGUGCAAGAGAACUACAGCCACUCCCAGGCAACACAGCCAGUUGUACAACAGACCCAGCUUCAGCCAUCAACACAAACAUAUCAACCCGCAUCCACAGUGCCUAUGGCAACAGUCGUUCAGCAACCACAUUAUCAGACAUCAACCAGUCCACAGCCUAGUACAACGAAGUCGUCCACCCCAGGCAGUAUAUCGGUCCAUCUUCCUGGACUACCUCCAGGAUUUAUCUUACAACCUGGACAAUCUUUUGUUAUACCAGGACAGCAAGGAUCACAGGUGGCCACAUCUCAACAAGCACAACAGCAACAAAUUUACAGAAUAUCAACACCUACACAAGGUACACAAGUGUUACAGACAGAGAAUGGACAGAGAAUACAGUCAAAUGGCACCAGUACAUCUGCGGCAACCACUGUCAAUGUUCUUAAUACAGGAACGCACCAGGCUGCAUCGGCUCUAACACCAAGUGUGUUCAUGUAUCAAACUCCACAGGGGAUAGUGUAUGCCCCGGCUACAGGACCUAUACAAGAUAAGACCAUCUUUAACUUCCAACAGCCAGCCACAGCAUUGUCAGAUACUGGUCAGCAGGCUGGCCAGGUACAGCAGCAGUCUCAACAAGGUCAACAACAAAUCAUCACCAUACCCAUGCCAGUUUCAUUAGCCGGAUCUCAACAAGUUUUACAGUUGACGACAACAGAAUCCACACAGUUGUCAGAUCUGUCUCAACCGAGUGCUGCCAAAAAGUCGAGAAAGACUUGAAACCAACAUAUAGUUGGCCUUCUAUAGUGCUUUACUGGUGCUCAAUUCAACUAGUCAUACAUCGGGAAGGUGUUCGAGUUUCAACUCUUCAUGGACUAUGUUACGUUGUUGUGUACAUCUAUCACAGAGCUUGUUCUCGUCUUGUGGUGUUUAGUGUUCAUUUAUUAUGUUCGUGAAAAGUAGCUUAUUGAGAGAUAGAUAAGCUACGUGUGAGUGUUUUUUUUUUUUACAAAAACGUCUUGUGUUUAAUUACGUAAUUCUGUGAAAUCUGCAGGAGUGUCAUAUUACGUUUUCUGAAGCUUUUAGGAUCAGUUUUACAUAAGGGUAAAUCCCAUAAUACAUAUCCAGAUUAAGUUUUUCUUUAACUGAAUAAAUGUCAGUAGUUACAAAUGUUGAAGCAGAUGGUCCUGUUUAUUGUGACAACUUGUGUAUAUGAUAUUUCAACAUUCUGUAAGUGACAAAGGACUGCCUGAUCAUUGAUUGCAUAUCAGAUUAGACUCUUUCUGGUCUAAAAUUUUACUAAGAAUUUUAAGUGGUUCCCAGUUUUGACUUUGAUCAAUGUAAUACUGAAUUAGGUAGCAUUAAGCCCAUUGGUCACACAUGCUUAAAAUAUCUUAGAACCACUUUAAUUAAGACAGAUUCAGUGCAGAAGUUAUAGAAUUAGAAUUUUACAUAGCCUAAUUUUACGAGCCACAUCACAAUGUUUGGGCCACUUUGGUGAAAUUUUAGAAAAUGGCUUAAGUGGCUAAUGGCAGAUUGUCCCGAGAUUAUGCUAUCAACUAUUGAAAACUGCCCAUAAGGUCAGCAUGUUUGUCUUGAAUUCUUUUGGUCCUAAUCAUGAUCUUCCGUGUGAGAAAACCAUUUUUUUGCAACAGCUUCUAGUGCUGUAGCUAUGGAAACAAUUAUGACGUCAUACAACUUUUUGUUGAUUUUAAGUGUUGUUCAUUUCUUGUUAGAUAUUUUAAUCCGUCCACAUAAUAUGUUGCUCCUUUGUAACAAGAUAACUCUGUUCAAAUCAUGUUACAAAAUUAUUGUUAUAGGUCAUAUAAUUACGAAGGGUUAUGGCAACGAAUUUGUGUUACAAGUUUACACAUGAACACAAUGAAUUAAUUGAAGGUCUUAGGCCAUGUGAAAUUAAUGUUUACUUUAUACUCCUUGUUUUGCUGUCAAAAUCUUAUGUUUGGCAAGAGAAACUUUUAUCUCCUUCACAGUGAUCUCCCCUUGAAGUAAAGAUAUCCCGGUUGUAAUAAACAUUUUAGCAGAAUUCUGAUGAACUAAUUUACAUUUUGUUGGUUACAUGUAUUAAGAUUAGUAUGGGUAAUUUUCAGAGAAAUAUGUCUAAUAUGUUGAAAUGAAAAGUAAAGUUAAGCAUAUUAAAGGCAGUUACCUCCAGAUUUUGGCUAAAAAAUGAUAUUUCUUUCAAAUUGAAGUUUGGUCAUAUUAUGAACAUUAGAAUAUGAGGUUUUGUUUCUGAACUAUUUUUUAAAAUGUCAAAUCAAGGAAAAAAUAUGACUGCAUAGGGAAUCGAAUCUGGACUACCACGGCUAUAAAAAAAAGUUUCCCGCUGUUGUUACCAAUAGCGCUAUAGAGGAUUUAAUCUUCAAUGCACGUUAAACAUAGAUAUUUAUGAUUGAGGCAGUUUACCUCGAGUAAAUCAUUACAAAUGCUUAUUGAUUUUCGUCAUAAAAAGUAGUAAAAAACAACUAAUUCUUGUGUGUUUCCAUAACGUAUAGUCUGUCAGUAAUUAAGUUUCAAAGCAUUCUCAAGAAAUAUAGCAUUAAUUUCCAGAUUAUCUGAAAAAAAAUCUUUCUUUUUUGUUGCCGAACAGUCUGGAGGCCAGUGCCUUUAAUUGUAUUUUUAUUGAAUUCAUUUUUUUUGAAACAGUUAUUACUAUGUGUGUAACAGCAGACCAAGGGAGAUAAUCUACGAUGUGUAGAAACUAAAGUAAGAAAGAAAUCAAAAUAGAAAGUACUAGUAGUUACAGAAACAAAAUGAAUCAUUCAUUUACUUAAGAAAUAAUAUAUCUCAUCCAGUGAUUUGUCGCUGAAUAAAUCAUUGUUUGGAGUUCAGAUACGAAGGAAUUAUAUCACGAGGGCGCAGCCUGAGUGAUAUAAUAAUACGCAUCUGAACGACAAAUAAUGAUUUAUUCAAGAGCAAAUCACUAAAUGAGAUAUAUUAUUUCGAUUCUAACAUGUUACCAAUGAUUUUUAAGUACAUCCUUGACGACAUUCAUUAAAUAUUUGCCCGUUUCAAUCGGUUUCUUUUCCAGCGCGCUGCUAUGCCGUUUGACGCCAUGACGUAAUAAUUGUGACGUCAGAACAGUGAAUUGUUGAAUAAUAAUUCACAGUUUUCAGCCUUCUUUGUUUCAUAGGAAAAUGAAUCGGAUGGUGUUAGAAUAUUGAAUUUAUUAUCCUGUCUUCCAGUUUACAAAAGGAUAUUAGCAUUUAACAAUGCAUUUAACUUUUUUUUUCCGUGUUGGUUAGUGAGUUUUUGAUGACUAACCUUGGUAGUAUUGAGACCACCAUACCAGCAAAUAUAGCUAGGUAUAUAGAAUAGUAACGAGAAAAAAGAAAUAUUUGCUAGUCAACUAUGUAAAAUUUAUCGGAUGAACAACUCAUUUGUUAAAAUUUUCUGGAUUUGUUUCUUACACAUACAAAAGCUUUUUUGCAUUUAUAUAAAAAAAAAAAAAAUGCCAGAUUAAGAGAGAUGCAAGGAACUGUGUAAAUAAUUUAUAUUAUGUUGUUAUUGUUGGUGUACAUAUAUAAAAGGCUUAAUUACAUAGGUCUCACUUAAGAGUGUUAGCAUCUCCAAAUGAGCCGCACCAUGAGAAAACCAACAUAGUGCGUUUUUGACCAGCAUGGAUCCAGACCAGCGCAUCAGGGCAGUCUGGUCAGGAUCUGUGCUUUCGCUUUCAAAGCCUAUUGCAAUUAGAGAAACCGUUAGCAAACAGCAUGGAUCCUGACCAGACUGGGCUAUGCGCAGGCUGGUCUUGAUCCAUGCUGGUCGCAGUAGCACUAUGUUGGUUUUGUCAUGGCGUGGCUCAAAUAAUACUGUCUUAGUAAUGAUUUUUUGGUAAUGAAUUUUCUCAUUACUACUAAUUGAAGGCAUUGGGUUGGUAGAUAAUUCACAGUAAAACAUUAACUGCUCAAAGUUGCAAGGGGGAUGAUUUAUUAAGGGUUUAGAGUGAUCAAAAUAUAAAAUAUAUAGCGAAAACAGCUAGGACAAUAUUAACUGCUCAUGUGAGCCCUGAUGCUCGAGCUAGUAGUGUUUCACUGUAAAUGUUUUCAGAUGUUUGAAUUAAGAUAAGUAUUACAGGCUUUUUAAUCGGACAAACUCCAGUUUGUAAGUGGAACCUUUAUAAUGAUUUAAAAUGUUAAUUUUUGAUGUCCUGACCAUUUUGUCAAAUUUUCAAAAUGAAUUACACUGACAUAAUUCAUAGGGUUCCAGCCAGCAUUUAUUAUAUAAAAGCACUUUAGUAGUGUUUAAAAUGUGUAGAAAAGAGUAUUAAAGUCACAUAGCAAAACAGAAAGAAUUGAUCAGUACUUACAUACUUUAUGUAUUGUUAUACUAACAAAAUAACAGUUCUAACGAUAUGAAUAUAUAAUAUGAGCCACGCCAUAAGAAAACCAACAUAGUGGCUUUGCGACCAGCAUGGAUCCAGUCCAGCCUGCGCAUCCACGCAGUCUGGUCAGGAUCCAUGCUGUUCGCUUUCAAAGCCUAUUGCAAUUAAAGAAAGUUUUAGCAAACAGCAUGGAUCCUGACAAGACUGUGCGGAUGUGCAGCUGGUGUGGAUCCAUGCUGGUCGCAAAGACACUAUGCUGGUUUUCUCAUGAUGCGGCUCAAUUAUAUAUUUUUUGAGACUUUACAGAUGUAGAUGUGUUUGAUAAUUUUUUAUAUUACAUCUUGAGGUUUCUUUCAAAUAGUUUUCUGUUAAUGCUUUCAUGUUUGUGUAAAAGUGCUGUAUAGGAUGAUGCUAGUAACUUACCUGUACAUGAUACUCCAAGUGCCAAUAUGACCAGUAUUGUAAAUAUUGUGUCAGUUUUAAUUUCUUUUCUCUCAUGUACAAAUUACUGCAAUGUUAUUUUAUGAUAUUUGUUGUUGUUACAAUAUUACAUGUACAGUGCAGUUUGCUGAAGGAAUAUAAUUAUAUCUUUGUUAAGGCAUUUGUGGAAAUUUUGGAUUUUUUCUCUUUUUUUUUUUGUCAUUGUUUUCAUAUUAAUGGUUGAAUGGAAAAAAUGAUGUACUCGAUGAAAUGAAGGAGCAACUAAAUGACAAUUUUGCCUUCAGAUUUUGAAAUAGUUUUGAAUGUGCUUUGUCGAUUGUUGCAGAUAUAUGUUUACAAAAUUUAUUAUUUUUUAUUAUUGACAUUUCAUUGUGCCAUAUUUAGGCAGAGCUUUCAUGACAAAUUAACUGAGCUCAAGUAAGUAUGACCGGAUACAAGGUUUUAAAACCGGACUUUUGGGACCAGUCUAAAAAUUUCAGCACCUGAUUGGUUGAUUCUGUGUUCAGUCUUGAAAUUGACGAAUGGCAAGAGUGCAUUUUGAGACUGGUUCCAAUUUCAGUGCUGUAACCUUGGAGUCAUUACACCAUACAAAGAAUCUCAUCUCUUCAUUUUAUGUUAAUUUUAUUGACAGGUAUUUUAGUCUUUUCCUCCAGUUUUCUUUUACAGUUAAACCUGUGUGAAAGUCAACCUGCGAAUAGAUAUCACCAGAAUCUUGUAGUCAUAGUUUCUUUUCUAAUUUAGAUAUUGGCAGUGUAGUUUGUCCUGUGAAUAAGGGCGACUUGCUUAUAAACACUGUAGCAUGACUUUUAUAUACAGGGUUGACUGUAACUGAAGAUGUGCAGUAUUUCUCAGUUUCCCCCAGCUGACAUAAUAGGGCAAUUUGCAAGCAAAGUUCCCUCUCGAUAAAGCCUCUUUUUGCUGUUCCAUGUUGCUGGUACCCAACAUUUCAGGUUGGAAGUUGUUGGCUCCAUCCCAAGAAAACAAAACUACUGCUUAGUUAAAAUUCUGUUCAAGUUGUCAAACAUCUUACAACAGGGAUUCAAACUGAAAGUUUAAAAAAUUGCAGUGUUAUUUGUAAGGUUUUCAAAUUAUUCACACAGUAGUUGUUCCUCGUUACCUUCUAGGUGUGCAAUUUAUCUGUAAUAUUAUGUUGAUGUUAUACCUUCUUGCUGUUUACACUCUGUUUAAAUGAGAUUUUUUUCGUUCAAAUUUUACAUUCAAGUGCCUCUUUGUCUACUAUGCUAUAGUUCAUUUGUUUAGUUUUAAGGCUUUUUGCCACUAAAUUUGUCUUGUGUAAGUCAUGUCAUUACAAUGUUUUCUGGAUACCUUCAUUCAAACCAGAAACAGUGAAACCUGUGCUAAACACCACCUGUAAACUUGGACCACCUAUCACUACUAGUUGUUCUUCAUGUGUAAACACUUUUAGUGUAUUUUAACCUGUUGAUAAAGGCCACAUGUAAAUAAAUGGUACUUUGGCUCCUCCCACGUGUUUUCUGUAUACACAGGGUUGAUUGUAUUUUCUGCUGAGGUUGCACUGUAUUUUUGUAUGAUAAAACAACAAAAAAUAAGCUGGGAUAUAUAUUGAUACUGAAAUCUGUGGCAAAAUUAUUUUCAAAAUUACUUUUUCUUUCUUCCAUGCUUAUUGUGUACAUUUAGCUUACAUUUUACAAGAAUUUUUACUGGGAAAAAUCUAAACAUAUGGUAAUUUAUACCUUUGGUUAUUUAAUGUGUAAGUACCAAGGUGCUUAUUAACCUUUAGCAUGCUGAAUUUCUAAAAUGGACUGGUCCAUCAUUCAUUUUGCAGUACCAUUUAUUAUUCGAAGGGGUGUUCACUGAAAGUUUACUGACUGAAUAGUGAACAGUGCAGACCAUGAUCAGCAUGCACAGACCAUGUCCGUGCAGGCUGAUCUUGGUCAGCAUUUGGUCACAAAGGCAAAAUCACUUGCUGCCAGCAGACUAAAGGUUAAUUAGAAGCUUUGCAGCAGUUUGACUGUGAGGUUGUUUCCCCUUGGAAAAAAUAUUUUCUGUGACAAAUGUUUGAAUUUUGUUGCAGUUGUUGUUGAAAGAGUUUGCCAUUCUGUACAUUUUAUGUAAAACUUACUUUGACAGCAUGACAUCAAACACAUAUUUGUGGCAUUAUGUAAAUAUUUUAAAAGGAACUGCAAAUAGUAUUUACCAAAUUGAUUAUAAGAUUUUGCUAUUUUUGUAUGUAUGACUUUCUAAGAACUAAAUAAAAUGAAAGAACCAGA